GAACGCAGCAGAGUGUAGCGUUGUCAGUGAGGCUAACAGACGGCACUGGAGAUGCUAGCGUGACCCCAUCCAACAAGUAACGUUAUUACUUCAUCCGACUGCUAUAUUAUUUGCAUCCUUUAGAUCAAAUGAAAAUGUUGGCUUGUAUCCUGCAGUACUUCUACACCUCCUUUUUGAGAUACUGGCUAAAGUGGUUCCUCAGACAAGCUACAGGAAAAUGUGAACUACAGAGAAUAUGCUCUGGGUACAAACCGGGGGCAACAAGAACAUCAAAAGCAGAGUAUUCUCUACAGUCCUCAAAGAGCAAGGUUCUAAGAAAUGCUUUGACAGCCACCAGGGACGACUUGCCCCAGUGUGUGGGUCAAAUAAUGCAAGAGAAGAACAUUAAACCACAGAAAGAUCCUUUGUUCAAGGACAGCCUCCAGAGUUGUUUAUUACAGAUUACAGGAUACAACCAACUGUAUGUAGAAGUGGAAGAGUUGAGGAAACAGGUUUUCAGCUCUGAUAACCCGGAUCAUGAGUCCAAGCUGCUUAAGCUGUGGGACCUGCUGAUGCCUUCAGUCAAACUGGAUUCGAGGAUCACGAAACAGUGGGGAGACAUUGGAUUCCAGGGAGACGACCCCAAGACUGACUUCAGAGGAAUGGGUCUACUCGGACUUAUCAACCUUGUAUUUUUCAGUGAAAACUACACGGAGGAAGCUCGUCAGGUUUUGUCUCAUGCAAACCAUCCUAAACUUGGGUACUCUUAUGCCAUUGUGGGAAUCAACCUAACAGAGAUGGCCUAUAGUCUUCUGAAGAGUGGCACGCUGAAGCCUCAUUUUUAUAACACAGUCCUGGGUUCACCUGAACUGCAGCAUUUCCAUCAGCUUUACUGUUACCUGGCCUAUGAGUUUGACAAGUUCUGGCUAUCAGAGGAACCAGAGAGCAUCAUGUUGUUCAAUGAGUACAGAGAAAAAUUCCACAAAAAAGUCCAGCUCCAUCUGGAAGACCCUGAUGUGUGCCUCACAUUAAGAGUGCAGAACUAAUUAAACCAACGUCUCUCUUUGACCUUUGACACUGGAAUGACACUGCUGCUGCUAAAAUCUGCCAUGUAAAGUGGUACCUGAUUUGACAAAUCCAGUACUUCCUGUGAUGAGAACAGUGACAGAAGAGGACUGAAAUAAAGUCGGUUGGUUGCAUCUUUUUGUGUGUAACCACCUAAACUUAACUUGUUAAUGAACAUUUUCUGAAAAACACCACAUGUAACUAGUAUUUAUACUGUUUGUGUGUUUCACCCAUGGAAGACCUUUUGCAUGAUUUUGCUGUUUGCAAAAUAUAUGAAACCAUUAACACAAUGUGUGACCAAAUAUUGUAACGUCAUGUUGGUAUAAUAAGUUAAUUAAAUUUGUAC